AUUCAAUGGCAGACAUUUAAAAAUAGUGGAGAUUGAUUUUUCCAUGUGAUCAAUAACUGGCCUGUUUAGAUAUUGUCGGAAGACUAAUUAUGCAGCUAGUUUCAUUCUUAUUCGUGGAUAGUGUAUUAGUUGGAGUAAUAGAUGAAACGAAGAUUAUUCAUUUAUUAUUUUAAACAAUUUAUUUAACAGAUGCCAGCAUUUUGCAAUGAUAAAUUUGCUUACUUUCAAGAAUAUUUUUAGUUAAAAGAUGUCUUACAAAACCAAUUUUGAUAACAAAAGUCGUCCAAAAUCUGAACCAUCAAUCAGUGCAGUCAUCGAGACUACAUUGAUACCAGGACAUUUUUUAAAGUGUAGAUCAUCUAGAAAAACGAGACAUAGAACAUCAGUAAAACUUGAUUUAACGAUUAGUUGUAGAACGAAACACAAUGAAAGAGGUAAAUUCAGAAAUAAAGUUGAUAGUGAAGAAGAAGAAUUACUGGAGAAAACUCAGAAAUCAACCGGUGAAGAUCUUCAUACCAAGAUUCUACCAACUACAGCUAACGAUUCAACUUCUUUUGUUUACCCACAACCAUUGCAAAAUCUUGUCCAUUAUCAAUCACAGCAGAUGCGUUUUAACACAACUUUUGAAAAUGAUUUAAAUAAACUAAACUUAAAACAUGAAAGUAUCGAAAAUCUAAUUGUUACUCCCAAGUUUAAUUCUUCCAAAAGUUUACCUAACAUUGAACAACAAGUGCAUCCACAAAGUGAGUCUCACACUUGUGGUCCUGUUGAAAUUGUACAAAAGCCAAGAGGUAUUGAAACACCGAAAGCGACUGAGUCAAAAGAAGACGUUACAGGUGAAUUAACCACCUUACCACUAUUAUAUAAUGCAAACCCGCCAUUAUCAUCACACUCCCACUAUUCAAAAAAAUCACUAGAUAUUGCUGAUAAUGAAGACAUUACUGCUGCAAAUCCUCCUCCCAACCUAGGAAUGAAUGAACAUGCCGAAGGAUUCAAUUAUCCAGAAUUUAGUUAUGACGUUUAUGAAGAAUGUCGUUAUGAUAAAGAUCUGCAGUCCACAAGCCCUAAAAAGCUGAUUGAUAAUUUGGAAUUCGAAAGUGUUGUUAAUAUCGAAAUCCCAACAAUCUUUACGACUGAAGUUAUGGAGACUGAUUUACAACAAACUACAAACUACUCUGGUGAAAAAGGGAUUAGACAUUAUAGUAAUGUUGAGACUGAGUCUCAACUUAUAGCAGAGAAGACGCCAUCAUUAUUGAUGCUGACACUAUCAAACAGUAAACUUGUACAUGACGAACUUGUUGAUAAUGGUUCAAAAAAAAUUGUAAGGACCCCUUUGAAGGAAUCAAAGGAUUUAUCGAUAGAACAAACUUCAAAGUUUAACGAUGCCUUCCAAAAAUAUGCUCAAGAAUCACAAGUAAGUCUAAAUGAGGUAAGUGAGGAUUUAAAAGCUGUCCGAAUCACUUCAUACCUUUUACUCAAUCAACGGACAGAACCGACUUACUUAUUAGAAGAAACUGACGAAAACGAAGGAUUUAAAAUCUCAACACCAAAUAUUUUACAUAGGAAAACAGAUGUUAGUGAAUCGCAGAUGUAUACUGGGAAAAAAAGUAAUCAAGCUCUGCAAAAUCCACUAGCCAAUAAGUCCUCGAUACCAGAUAACUCUGAAGGUAAAACAGUAGACUCAAAGGAGAUUGUUCAGUCGCAAACGGUAUUCACAAAUGCGUUCUCUAGGACUGUAGAAACUGAAGAAACUACUACCGUUUCCAUCGCUUAUUCUGAUCAAAAACUAAGAGAUCAUGAAAAUCGACAGUAUGAAUUAAAACAAAGUACAGAUGGAGAAAAUGGCAUGCACUAUCAAGAGUUACCCGGCCUUUUUAUGGAAUCACAACAGACUGUAAUUCUAGACAGCUAUCAAACAAACUGCCAAACACAGACGGAGUCCAGUAUUAAGACAGAGCAGUGUGUGGAACCGAUUCUAUCAACAGAAUCCAACAAAAGUGUGCCAGUAAGUGUGAGCAUUACAUCUUCACAAGUUGAUCAGUCUGAUGCAACAGAUGAUUGCUCACAACUUCAAGGACAAGACCACUUUCCUUACAUUGUAUAUAAACAGGAUGAAAAUAAAACACAUAGAUAUUCUUUAGACAAGUUUAUAACAAUUGAAAUAUCCACUGAAAAAUCUGUGUCUAACGAACCGAUUGAUAAACCAGUUUUAGAUGCUAAAUUUGAUGGUGAAAUAAGAAAACCAUACUUUAAUGAAACUCAACUGUCCCAGAAACAUUUAGCGAAAAUCUCAUCUGAUGAGAAUAAUUUUAAACGUGAAAUAAAAGAGUUUUUAUCAAAACAGGAACAAAAUAUCAUUAUUGAACAUGAAUCAGACGAAAAAUAUUCAAGCGAUGUUAACACCCUCCAAGUGAUUGAAACACACACACCUGAACCACAAAAGCCAAGCCUUACUAAUAUUUCCUUAAACUCAUCUAGAAAAGGGAUUUUAUCGUCAGUUGUUUCUACUAACUCAUUUGUAGUACGAAGUAUUACUGAAACACCUUCAACACUUCCAGUUCACUUCAGAGGUCUGAAUAUCGAAAUGGAAAGAGUUCAUUCAACUCGAAGUGAGACGUCUAUUCAUUCACAUUCUACUCCAUCACCUAUUUUAGUCCCUGAAGACCAAUUGGGAUCCUUCUUACCGGUUACCAAAGAGCCUGACCUUACUAAUUUUACUCCGCUUAUUCUUCCAGCACGAAAUUUGAAAACAAGUGAAGCCAUGGAUACCGAGACCGAUGCAUCUAAAAAAGAAGUGCAACCAUCCAUAGUCCAGACAGUAAUUCCAGUAAGCCCCGAAGUGAAUACUUCAGAGACUUCUAUAUUUAUUCAGAAAACUGAUAUGAGUAAGAAAUUGGAGUCCAUGAGCUCAGAGUCUAGCGAUCACCUAGUAAGCAAUCAAAAAGCAGAUCUUGUUCCUCCAACGUAUGAUAAAGAUUUUGUAUCCAACAUGUCAACCAGCAAGAUACUUCAUAGCCAUAGGUUUGUAGAACUUACCAUUUCAGAUACACACCUGCACGAAGUGAAUCCUUCGGAGAUUCCUCCUGUUGUAGUAAAUAAGGAAUUUAAAUCAUUUUCAGUUCAAAACAACGAGGGAAUUAUAGAUGAUAUAAAAAAUGCAAUAACUAGUCAGUUUAAAGGACCAGUUGAGUCAUUGGAUUGGUGUAUUUCAGAAGAAACCAGAAAUGGCACACAAUUAUAUGUUAAUGAUCCUCCUUUUAAAAUCCUGAAAGAUCCAGAAUUACCCAGCACGCCAGUUAGUACUACACCUGAAAACACUCAGUUUACACCAAUCAAUGUCCCUACCCUGGAAGCGGUGGAUUCAAUGAAAGUUCUGAAUGACUCAGUUAAAGAUGAAUUGUACCAGCAGACUGUUGAUACUAAGGCUGACGUUUUCGGGAAUCUUAGUCAAGUAGAAGUUUCAAUAUCUAUGGAACAUACAGACAACAUGAAUCGUUUGGAUUUCGUUCAUUCGGUAGAAAGUAAUAAAUAUACGGAUCCUGAAUAUAUACCGCCUCUUUCACUGGAAAUUGAUGAUCAAGAGUUAACCUGUUUACCUCCCAAGAUAUCAUUCAAAGAAACACACUUCAAAUCAGUUGAAGUUCCUACCGAAAAGCCUCAGGUAGUCACUGUACCGACCAUUCAACCUUAUCAUAUUAAACAAGAAUCAACUCCAUCCCUUGUUCCACUAAACUUACUAAUAAAUUUGACUAAAUGCAAUAUUGGUGUGACAAAUUCUUUGGAACAAAAUCAACUCAAAGAAGCAGUCGAUUCCGUGUCAUCGGCACAGAGUUCCAAAAACACAAAGGACCGUGAACUGAAUUCUAUGCACUCAACCUUAAAACAGGAUGCAUCUUUUAUGGCAACUGACAGCAGUGAUGAAAAUCACCAUUUCAUGUCACCCACUAUGACUUCAGAAAAACUAAAGAUAGUAAAUUAUGUUACCACUCCAUCCUGCGUUCCUCAGGAAGAACUAAGCAGACAGAUUUUACAAAAGACUUCUCCUGUAAAUAUUAGUAUUAAUCAGAAAGAUCCCAUACCAGUAUUACAACCAAUCAAUAUAGACAGGCAUGAAGCUUCGAAUAUGCACGAACUGGUUCAAAAAGAGAAAAUCCCGAAGGCUAAUGCAAUUGAUACCCAAAAUGAAUUUUCCGUGAGAUUUGAGGAACAAACCCAGGGGUGUUUCACACUGAGUGAAAGUUUCAAGAAUUAUUUGGAUGGUAGAAAUGAUGAACAGCUGGAAAAUAUCACAAACAAACUUUCACAAUCAUUAGAGGUUGAAAAAAUGAGCAUAAGGAGUACAUCAUCUGACAGGCUAUUAGACAGGAUGUACUCAUCAGCUAUUUCGAGUACAGAUCCUGGUCAACUUUUAGAUUCGAAUCGACAAGUGAAUUUCAUACAUUUAUCAAGGAUUGAAAACAACAUUUUCCCACAAGUGGACAGUUUUCACAAGCAAGAGGUCACUAAGGGUCAAUCCCUAGAAAAAACUGAAGUUUCUGAGUCGUCUGUGAGAGUAAAUAUAAUUAAGUCUGACGAGAACAGUACUGAGACUUCAGAAAUUGUCAAUAAAUGCGGAACAUCACCUACUCAGUUGACUGGAGUCAGCAGACCAAUCAUCAAGAUUGCCACAUCUUUCGACCAUUCUGAAGAAUGUACGAAACAACCGCCUGUUGAAGUCAAGUCACAAGUAGCAUUGAGUAAUGAUCAGAUAUUGACAAAUCUGCAUGUUCAGUUUUCCGAUCAGAACAAACCUAUGGGAAUAAAAGAUCCAGUUCUUGUCGAUUCAGUAUAUAAGUUACACUCAAUACAUGACAUAUCACCCGAUGAUCAAAGUGAUAACCGUCAGUUUUCAUCAGUUAAGGUCUCUUCUGAACAAGAUAAAGAAGAAAUGAACUUAAUUGAUGCUACAUGCAGUAAAAAUUUACAGUUGGAUAAUGUAUUAACUGGUCCUUCCACGAAAAUUAAAACUAAUCAAACAGACUCAUCAUCAUUUGUUCAGUCAAAGGCUCCGAGGAAUCUUCCUCGGUUAUUUUCUUCCAACCUUAGAACAGCUAGUACUACUCUUUUACGGUUACCAGAACUUUCAUUGCCUUUUUGCAGCAGAAAUCUGAGUGGAUACUCCUCUCGUUUGAUGAAAAGCAGUCCUGGCUAUCCAUCAAAUGUUGGUACUCAUGGUGUUGAUAUGCAAUUACAUUUACGUACUUUACCUAUACGUAACAAAUAUCCUGAAAAAUUUGAUAAGAAUGGUCGGGAAUCAAGUUAUUGUCGUCAGCAUUCACAAUUUCAAUCUGUCUCUGCCCCUUGCCGUAGUCCACAACGUAAUCAUUCACCAUUUCCUAAUUACUGUCAAACUAAUCCGUGCGUUCCACCAGUCUCACAUCAUUCUGCUAUUCCCUGUAGCUGCUCAAUGAUACCACGUAGCCAUAGUCAUGGCUCCAGAUAUGAAGACGGUCGAGUAAUGUCAACUUCGAAUCAGCCCAUUACUACUUUAUUAAGCUGUCAUCAUACUAAAGUGAAUGUUGAGAAAUAUCAAACUUCAAGUCGCGAAAAUCCUCGGGAUUUAAAUCAAAAAGUGAACCAUUCACCAUCAUCAAACAGACGAGUUAGUAGAUGCAUGUCACCAUGUGUUGUAUAUUCCUAUUGUUCACAGGUUCGCUAUUCACACGGUCUUUUAUGUUGUGGUGGCAGUCUACAUCGACACAAAAGUAUGGCCUACCUUAGUACAUCAUCUAAUAGAAGAAUACCUGAACAUGAAUCCUACUGUAAUAUUAAUAUCUUGAAUAAACAUGACCGUGCUACAGGUGUAAGCCAUUUGAAACUACCUCUCAAUCAUUUUUAUCAAAAGUAAACUGUCUCAGCCAUUUCAUAGCAAUGGUUCAAUGUUCAAUGAGCUGAAACAUAAAUUUAUUUAGCACAGACACUAGUAACACCUUCGACAGAUUUUUGUUAAAAUCAUUUUGUCAAAAAUUGCAAUUACUACUGUCA